GAGAGUGGGGAGGGGAGGUCAGGAUGAAGGCAAAGCCUGGUCAUGUGCGGUGACUUCCUUGCAGUUUAAGCAGGCACACCUGCUGGUCUGGCCUGGACUCAGUUUACUACUUGAAAAGCAGAGAUGAUAAAAGUUCCCAUUUCAGUGGAUUGUCAGGAGGACUAAAUGACACACAGCAAAUGCUCCAUUACGUUGGGUGGUAACCUAUAGUCCAUCCACUGGGCAAGAAGGCUUUGUUGAGCAUCUACUUUGUGUCAGGCCCCUUGUCAGUGCCCGGGUGCAAAGUCAAGAAGCACUGGCUCCUACCGUCCCCACUCCCUUUACGCUCCCACUCCUCUUCCUGGUUUCUUGUUUUCUUCGGAGUGCUUCACCCCUGCGACUUCUGCACUGCUCGCUGGUUCCAGGCACUUUCUAGGCACAGAUCUCCACUUUGUCCCGCCGGCAGUAACUGGAGCCGGCCUUCGCACCGAGUCCGCUUCUUAGCCGCACCGCAGCCGGGCGGGCCGGGUCGGGCCUCAGGACCCGGGCGGGGUCGCGGCGAGGAGCCUCUCUCGCCUGGGAAAGGGCCCGUGAGCUCUUCACAGUUAGGACCUGAAGCCGCCUUAGGCGGGAAUGGCUGCGGGAGUGUUUUUCGGCACCCUAAUUGCCACUAAAGACACUAACCACCCAGGGGUCCCAAGAGCAAAGGGCUCGCCCCAUCCCCAAGCCAAGCUGUGGAAGAAAGGUCAAGUCCUGUCCUUCCCACUGCCGCACCUCCGCAGCCUGGACCUCGGCCGGAAGUCGGAAGGCCUGAGGCGGAAGGGGCGGGACCGGACGCCACUUCCCGCGAGUGUGCCACGUCAGAGGAGGUUGUGGCCGAGCCGGGUCCUCCGGGUCGGAGCUGGACGGGAUGGCGGACUGGGCUAGGGCUCAGAGCCCCGGCGCUGUGGAGGAGAUUCUAGACCGGGAGAACAAGCGAAUGGCUGAUAGCUUAGCCUCCAAGGUCACCAGGCUCAAAUCGCUGGCCCUGGACAUUGACAGGGACGUGGAAGACCAGAACCAGUACCUGGAUGGCAUGGACACGGAUUUCACGAGUGUGACGGGCCUCCUCACGGGGAGUGUGAAGCGCUUUUCCACAAUGGCACGGUCUGGGCGAGACAACCGGAAGCUUCUGUGUGGUAUGGCCGUGGGCCUGAUCGUGGUCUUCUUCAUCCUCUCCUACCUCCUGUCGAGGGCAAGGACGUGAGCCAGUGGGAGCUGGCUUCUGCGGGUGCCUCGGGCAAGCACGGUCCGCCUCUGCCUGGCGUCCUGGGCCAGAGGACUUAACGACAAAAUACUCCUUUGAAACGAUGAUUGUGGCUUAGGAAUCUCGUUCCUGUGUGGCUGGGAGCCUCUGACCCAGUGAGCUUGUGUUAGCUGGUCCCAUGUGUGCAAGGGGCCCAUCUUCAUGGGGUAGCCAAAGCCCCUCCCUCUGCCACCUUGGGUGCUAGAAGCUCGAGCAGAGUCAGGUCCAAGCAGAGCAGCUGGGAAUCCUGGACACGGUCACCUGUGAACAGCAGCUCUUCCCCUGGCCCUCGAGUUUCUGAACAUCUCGAGGUUCUUCUACGCUGUUCUUGUCUGGGUGAGGCCACGUCUGGUAUUUGAGAUGCUCGGCGCUGACAUAGGAAGGGGUUGUGGCGGUGAACCUCGAAUCAUCGCUGUCACCUUCAGCUGAGUGUUUUCAACCCAGAGAUGGCAGUUGCUCCUGCCCAGAGCUGCUGGGCAUCCGUGGACCAGUGAGAGUCAAGGGUCCUGCUGAGAGGCCUCUUCCUGCCUUCCAGUCCCGCAGCUGAAGCCUGACCCUCAGGAAAGGGCAGGGGUUGUGGAUGGAGUUGGGAACUGCAACCUUUGCUGAAAGCAUGGGGCUCACAUUCUGGUGAUCUCCCAGCCAUGUAUCCAGGUGCAGAAAGUGAUAUUUUCUCACGAUUCAAGAUCUAUCCAGAGCACCAGAGAUCUAUUUCCAGGAGACCAGAUCUCUAGAAACAAGCCCAUCUGGCAUUUCAGAGUCAGGCAGGGUGUGAGGAGGGACUUUUGGGGGUGUAGACAGCAGGCUUCCAAGUAAGGGCUCUUCGUGGGACUUGUAGGUCAGUUUCUGAGGGUCAGCGGGCAGUUUCCACCAAGCCCGGCCCUUCCACUGCAGUGUCUGCCCCCCUCUCCCUGGGCCCUCAGCACCCACUUGGUCAGUCCCCUGCUCCCUCGAACCUCGAACUGAACCACAGACCCAGCCAGACCAGUGGCUUCUUACCCCACUGAGACCCCAGUAUCCUUGUCUUCACAAAAAACACUUGUAAGAAACGAGUCAUAGGCUCUGUGUCCUUCCCUGCCCUUGUUCCGACCUUCUGGUUUCCUAGUCAGCCCCCCUUACUCCCUGAGGACUCCUGGCUCACUGUCCGCCUCCCCACACGCUCAUGCCACGUGUGGUCACACGCGUCAGCCACGGCCUGGGGCCUGUCAGCUGCCACCCCACGUUGCUGGUCUCUGGCCCCGGGCACCGCGCCUCUGGCGCUGCUGCUGCGCCUCCCCCUCGUUCUCCGCCCAGCAGGCCGGCUUCUCCUCGCACGCUUGCCUUGGUGCCCUUCCUCCCGCGGUACCUGCGACCUGAGUGCGCUGUCUUGUCCAACGUGUGCUUGUGUCUCCCCCGGUGGGACUGCCUUGCUUGUCCCCAUGUCUCUGGGGCUUGGCUGUUUCCCCGUCCUCCUGGACGUUCCUUUGCAGGCCUCUGGUCCUGCCUUGACCCCCGGCGCCCUGUGCGCUGUGGCUCUGACUUCGCCUGCUUCUCAUCUCACACUGAACCUUGUUGCGGGGCCUGGUCCUCUGGCCACCAAGCUCAACAGCUGCUGCCCGUGCCGUGGCUCCAUCUGGUCGCCGCAGGCCCUGCAGAUACACCCAGACCUGAGCUC